AUUCCCAUCGCGGGGGCAAAUAAGCAGGCAGGCAAAACCUCAAAGCAUUCCCGAAUCAUCUCUCCCCCCAAACGGCAAACUCCAUCCAGGAAGCAGCCUCCAGAUCCACCUCACUCUCGGAUCCAAUGGAAGGCGCCGAGGCGCGGUGCCCCGGCGGCGGCGACCUCAUGGACUUCUCGUGGACAGCCGACGGGGAGAGCCACGCGCCGGCUUGCGCCAGCCCCGGCCGCGACGAGGAGGACGCCCCGCCCCCGGCGCCGGCUCUUUCGCCGCAGGAGGUGGUGGAGUCUAUGAUUCUCGUGUCCGGGCCCCGCGUCGUCAUGUCCGGCCUCAGGAUGGGCGACUGCCGCUCAGCAGACGAAUCUGUUCUCUUCAUUAAUGCCGGUGGCGGUGCAAUUGAAGGCUGUGAUUCCAACGUAAAGGUUACCGGUGAUUCAUUCUUUGAAGGAGGGGAUGUGAUAGAAACGAAUGAAAGCAUAAUCGAAGGUGGUGAUUAUCCCUCUAUUUACCACUCAGCACGGUAUGGCAGUUUCAGCUACAAGUUCAACGCUCUUGCCCCUGGAGACUAUUUUCUGGAUCUGCAUUUUGCGGAGAUACUCUACACUUGUGGGCCAAAAGGACUCAGUACAUUUGAUGUCCUCGUGCAAGAUGAAAAGGUAUUGUCUCAAUUCGAUGUUUAUGCUGUGGUUGGUGGAAACAGACCCCUUCAAGUGCGUGAUAUUAGGGUUACUGUUGAGAUGAAUGGUGCUCUUAUGGUCAAUUUCAAAGGAGUAAGAGGAAGUCCCAUGGUUUGUGGGAUAUGCAUCCGAAAAGCACCAUGUUUAACAGCAAACUCAGUUACAGAUGGGAAUGCCUUGUGCAAAAGAUGUUCAGCAGAUAUUGAUUUUUCAAGUACCCAGACUAGGACAAGUAAACUGAUCUCAAAGUAUGAGAAACAGAUUGAGGAGCUAACCAGUCAAUGCACUAUGAAGACCAAUGAAUGUUACAUGGCAUGGUCUUCAGUAGACUCUACCAAUCUGGAGCUUGGAAGGCUUAAAAUAGAGCUUCACCAGAAGAGUGCUGAAAUGGAUAGUCUUGAGCAAGCUCUUGGUAGAGAGAGUGGCCAGCUAAGAAAUGUUUCCCAGAAAUACGAAAAUGACAAAAAAUUGUGGAUUGCUGCCAUAUCUAAUUUGGAAAGGAAAAUCAAGGCCAUGAAACAAGAGCAGGCACUGUUAUCUCUUGAAGCACAUGAUUGUGCAAAUGCAAUUCCUGAUUUGAGCAAGAUGAUUGGAGCAGUUCAGGCCCUAGUUGCACAGUGUGAGGAUUUAAAACUGAAGUACUAUGAAGAGAUGGACAAGAGGAAGAAACUUCAUAAUAUUGUUCAGGAGACAAAAGGGAAUAUCAGAGUUUUCUGUCGGUGCCGACCCUUAAGCAAAGAUGAGGUGUCCCAAGGUCAGAAAUGUGUAGUGGAUUUUGAUGGAGCCAAUGAUGGGGACAUUGUAAUUACAAAUGCUGGAACAAACAAAAAGACAUUCAGGUUUGAUAGAGUGUUCACACCAAAGGAUGAUCAAGAUGUUGUGUAUGCUGAUGCGUCUCCACUGGUCACAUCAGUCUUAGAUGGCUACAACGUAUGCAUCUUUGCUUACGGACAGACAGGAACAGGAAAGACCUUUACCAUGGAAGGUACUGAGAGGAACAGAGGAGUUAAUUAUAGAACUCUGGAAGAAUUGUUCAAGAUUGCAGAGGAGAGGAAAGAAAGUGUCACAUACGAUUUAUCUGUUAGUGUUCUUGAGGUUUACAACGAACAGAUCAGGGACCUUCUUGCAGUGUCUCCAUCUAAAAAGCUGGAGAUCAAGCAGAGCAGUGAAGGAUAUCAUCAUGUGCCUGGAUUAGUGGAGGCCAAAGUCGAGAACAUAAAGGAGGUUUGGAAUGUUUUGCUAGCUGGAAGCAAUGCAAGGGCUGUUGGUUCAAACAAUGUUAAUGAGCACAGCAGUCGCUCCCACUGCAUGCUAUGCAUCACGGUGAAGGCUAAUAACUCGCUGAAUGGAGAAUGUACAAGUAGCAAGCUUUGGCUUGUAGAUUUGGCUGGAAGUGAGCGCUUAGCCAAGACUGAUGUGCAAGGCGAACGGCUUAAGGAAGCACAAAAUAUCAACAGAUCACUUUCUGCAUUGGGUGAUGUCAUUUCAGCUCUUGCUACGAAAAGCAGUCAUAUUCCCUACAGGAAUUCUAAGUUGACACACUUGCUGCAAGAUUCUCUAGGAGGAGACUCUAAAGCAUUGAUGUUUGUGCAAAUUAGCCCAUCCGAUAAUGAUGUAUCAGAAACCUUGAGUUCAUUAAACUUCGCCAGCCGUGUUCGACGUAUUGAAUUGGGACCAGCAAAGAAGCAAGCUGAUACUUUUGAACUUCAAAAGACUAAACAGAUGCUUGAAAGAGCUAAGCAAGAAGGCAGACAUAAGGAUGAUUCUUUGAGAAAGCUAGAAGAAAACUUACAGAAUUUGGAGGCCAAAGCUAAAGGGAAAGAGCAACUUUGCAAAAACUUGCAAGAAAAGGUAAAAGAGCUUGAAGGGCAGUUAGAUUCCAAGGCACAUUCUCAAAUUACAUCGGAGAAACAGCAGCGCCAGCUUUCUGGAAAACUAAAGGAGAAAGAAGAAAUGUGUACUGCCCUUCAGCAAAAGAUUGUGGAGUUGGAGUGCAAACUUAGACAGCCACGCCAAUCAGACUCUGAGGUUGAAAUUCUCAAGCAAACGAUCAAAGAGCUGGAGCUCAAGUUGAAGCAACAAGAGCAUGACCGAUCAGCUGUGGAAUUAAAGGUGACUCCUAUAAAGAUUUGCUAUCUUUGGCUUUGCUAUAUGAAAUGGUAUUAUCAAUAUUUUUAUUUGUUUUGUCAGAUCAAAGAGCUGGAGCACAGGUUGAAGGAACAAGAACACGAGCGAUCUGUUGCGGAACUAAAGAUCAAAGAGCUGGAGCUCAAGUUGAAGGAACAAGAACACCAGCGAUCAGUUGCGGAACUAAAGGCACGGGAAAUAGGACAUGAACUGUUGGAAACACAGAGAACGGAGGCAAUGCUUCAGAUUAAGCUGAGAGAUCUUGAAAGCAAAACCAAAGUGCAGGAAACAAACAUGACACUGGACACCGCCAUUGCUACUCCUCGAGAGGCGAAGUUGCCGCCAUUUUCUAGGGAGGAAGCGAUGAGCGAGAAGGAGAAGCACAUCCUAAGGAGCUCGAAUUCCCUGAACAAGCAACAGCCUCCCAGCGAGAACUCUUGUGUUCCCGAUGGUCCUGAAGCAGCGGUCAACGAGAAGAAGAGAAAAGGUGAUGCAAGGAACGCGUCCAUGGGUGGUGAACAAGAGAACAAGGGUCCUGCAGCUGGUCAGAAUGUUGGCAGGAAGAGGAGCCUGCCGGGCGAGCGUGAGACGAGGCUCAAGAGGAAAUCAACCGAACCUCAAGUGAAGAAUCUCGGGAGGUCGACCGCGUCGUCAAGGGCCGCUGCCGCUGCUACACACAAGGCUGCUGGUCCUAGCUCCAGAGUCCCCAGGCAGCAACCAGGCGGGACCAAGACCAGAGGAUGGGUUCGGUAGAAGAUGAUGCCUAGCUCUAGUAAACGCUGGUGUUUUAUUCGGGCCCGCAGUCUAUUGUAGUUGUCGAUUUCCAUUGCGGUAAGACAGUCCGGAUGUGGAUGUGUUGUCUUGGGAGGGAGGGCGGCUCAACUUUUUGCUGAGUCCUGCUGCAUCCUUAGAGUUAAUGUAGACCAACAAUCCUAUGUUGGACUGUUAGGUGUAGCGUACUACUACGUUUGCUGAUUCAACAGGGAGGGAGAAUUAGCUUGUGUGGACAUCAUAUUAUGCUGUUGAUGAGUGGUUAUUCUUAUUCCUGAUGCUAA